AUGACGCUGGAAACAGCAGACUGGGUCUUCAGCAAGUACGGAACCUUCUUCCGCGCAAUGUUUACCAUGUUUGAGAUCACCUUCUCAGGUGGUUGGCCAAAUUCGGUACGCCCUCUGGUUGACGAUGUAAGCAUCUACUUUGCAAUCCCUUGCCUUCUGUACGUUGUUUUCAUUGUCUUUGCAGCUCUGCGGCUCAUCACUGCGCUCCUUGUCCGGUCUACCAUGCAAGCCAUGUCCAAUGAUGUCGCCACGGCCGUCCUGGAGCGACAAGAAAGGUCGAUCGAACUCCAGGCCAAGCUGCGAAUGCUGUUCGAGGACGGUGACCUGGACGGCGACAAGGCGCUGAGCCUCUCAGAGUGGGAAAAGCUCCUUGAACAUCGAGAAAUCGUGCAGUUCUUGAGCGUGCUGGAAGUUGAUGUUCACGACGCAAAGAUGCUCUUCCAUAUGCUGGAUGAUGGCGAUGGCUUGCUUACGGUGCAG